AAGGAGGGACAAAAUCGCGUUGAAAUCAUUUAGUGUGUACCCGAUUUUGCGUAGUAUUUAAGCAAAUCAGUCUCGAUCCUCAGCAUGAAAGAAGCGUAGCGUGCCUUGAAGUGUGUGACGGAUGGAGGUGGAGGAGUUUUCAUGCCAUAUCCGUGAAUCGGAAGCGAAAAAAUGAUCGUUGAGGUCACCGGAGCUGUGGUCCGAGAAGGAAAAGUGGAGCAGAAUCUGCCCAACCACAACAAGUUCAGUCAGCUAGCGGAAAACAAAAACAACAACAAUGCCAGCCCAGCAGGAGUAGUAAACAAAAGCAACCAGCUGGUGGUGAAGAACACCACGGACACAACGGCUUUUUACAAGCUCUUGAAGAUAGUGGACGGAUGUAACUUUGGUCGCCGAUUCCCGAGUUAUCCCGAGUCGGAACCAAGGGACAUCCAGCAACUGCUGCAGCUGCAAAUUAAAGCUGCGCGCAAUCCCGUUCGAUUGCAACUGGGGGGUUGCAAAUCGCAAUUCAGUUCAGUUCCAAGUACCAAGUACAAAACGUGUUCGCCUACCACCGAUCCGGUCCGGGCGCUAUAAAGCUAGCCAGCUAGCAAACAAACGUGAAUCGUAUAAAUAAAUAAAUCUUGCAUAUCCAUAAUUAACGAAUCUAA